CUCAGCUGUAGUUUCCUGACUCUGUCUGCUGUCCAGGCUGAUCAGAAAGCAGCAUGGAGGCCCCUGGGAGAAGUGACCUGCUGAGGAAGCUGAAAGCCCUGGGUAAGGAGGAGCUGGAGGGAUUCAAGGAUAAGCUGAGUGAAGUCCUGCUGGAGGGGGGAUCUGAGCCCAUCCCCAAAACACCAGCUGACCCUGCAGCACUAACUGACCUGCUUCUCAGGCACUGCAGAGGGGAUUCGAAAGCGGUUCUGAAAGUCCUGGAAGAUGUUGAAGCCAGACUCCAGAAAGUCUCUCCCACAGCUUCGAGCCAUCCACAAGAAGAGCGGAAGCCGUCCACUUGCACUAAAGCAGGCGAUUCAGGACCAAAGAGCCAGUUCACGCAUUCAGGCAAUGAGGUUCCCCCUGGUGAAGGAGGAACACUAGCAUCUGCAAUUGCCUUCAUGAAGAGGUAUCUUUCCUUCACUGGCUCCAAGGCCGAAGCUAUGGGAAAACAAAGCAGGAAGGAGGAUCCCACUUGGGACAACUGGGGAACGGACAAAUGCAAACUGUGUCCCAGGGAGGAGGAUCCUUCAGAAGAAAUAAGUCCAGAGAUUAUUCAGGGCCCAGAUGGGAACCAAGAGACGUACAGGGUUCACCUCCCUGGGGCAGGCUCCUUCCGUUGCUCUGAAACCAAACUGGGACUUGAGGUAAGGGCAGCAGUGACUGUCCAGUACCGAUACGGCUUCUGGGAUCAGCAUCUGAGUGUAUGGAGCACUCCUAAAUGGAUGAUCGCUGGCCCUUUAUUCAGCAUCCAGGCAGAACCGGCUGGGGCCGUGGCAGCCAUUCACCUCCCGCACUUCCUGUGUCUCAGAGGGGCUGACAGCUCCCGGAUGCAAAUUGCCCAUUUCAUCGAGGAGGGGAUGACCCUGGAGAAGCCAAUGCAAGUGAGGCCAUUCCACGCUGUGCUGGAGAACCCCAGCUUCUCUCUGUAUGGAGUGGUCUGGGGGAAUGGCUCCAAACCACCAAUUCUGAUCCACUCCAUUGUGCUGCUCUACUGGGCACUCAAGAUGGCAAAGACGACUCUUCACCUCUACAUCAUCCCUAACGACCACUCCCGGUUCAAGGCCGUUGAUGACUAUGAAAAGAAGUACCCAUCAAGGCUGGUGUCGACAUCUCUUCAGACCCAUAAGCCCCUGACCUUUGAUUCUCAUUACAUUGUGUCCAGUCAAGCAAACAUAGAAGUGACACCCAAGGAGCUGGAGUUUUGUAACAUCCAAGCAGAGUGUCUGCAGUCAUAUAUGGAAAUCUACACUAAGGACAUUCAGGGAGGACUGGAGUUCAGCUUGGUAGAGAAAAUCAACAAGGAGCCCAUCUGGGAGGCACAUGUGAGACCAGAGGAUGCGACACUUUCUGUUUCAUCUGUCCAAACUCAAACAGAUGAGCAUUUUGUCAGCCAGCACCGAGAACAGCUGAUCCAGCAGGUGAUGGCAGUGGAUGGCAUCCUGGAUUCAUUGUGUGGCUCUGUUCUGGACCUGGAGCAAAUCCAGAGCAUCAGAGCAGAGAGAUCCAGCAUGGAGAAGAUGAGGAAGCUGUAUGAGCUGGUGCCUAAAUGGGACAAUGACUGCAAGGACCGGCUCUACCAGGCACUGAAGGAGAAGCACAGACCCCUAGUGGAAGAGCUUGAGGGGAUAUAGAUUGUCUCUUGGGGACAGCAACAUUCUAGUGGGGGGACAGGAUGUGCUUCAAGAUCUCUUCCCAAUUCCAAACGACCAGCCCACCAGCCGGGGUCCAUAACAGUGUCAGUCAGGUGAUGGUCUUGUGCUUCUUAACAGUCCCAGCUUAUUGUGCUAGGUGAAUAUUUAUCUCGUGACGAGAACAGCUGGGGUGUGGGAGUGAGGAUUCCUGGCUCUGGAAGGGGAGUGGGGUUUAAUGUUUGGUGAAGGGGCAGGGCUGGGAGUCAGGUUGCCUGGGUUCUGUUUCCUGGGCCAAACUAGGGGGAUCAAACUCCAAAGUUGAGGUUCCUUCAUGGAAAAUGCUCUGCUGGCUACUCACUCAUUUAGGCUCCACUUCUUGUCUGGACUGCUAUGCUUGGAGUCGCCUUUGAGACUUCCAUGGGGGUCUGCGUAGGCAAAAGUAUCGACCCGAACGGAUCCAACUACCAAAGAGCUCAAGUGCCUUCAUCGACCACAGGGGAAUGUACAGAAAUGAUAUUAAAUCUCUCCUGUGGGAUGGGUGUGCUGGGAAUCAGACCCCCAGUUUGGGGAGAUUAAGGUCAUCUAAGGUCCUUAGUUAUUUCCAGUGGUCUGUAGCUAAGGAAAUUGUCAAAGGUGAGUGAGCCAUUUCUGAUGCCACCUUUGCUGCUAUUAGCUAGAAUAUCAGUAUUUUGCACGGACCCUCCCAGCUAGAAUAUCAGUACUUUGGAUUCCAGGUACUCGGUCCGGGCAAAGGACUCCCUGUGGUUUUGCACUGUUGCAUCCAAAGAGUGGAAAACCCGAUGUGUGUAGGCUCCAAGGGGGUCUGAACUUCAUGAAACAAAUUUUCCAGACAACAAGCCUACCU